AUGCUUUCUGCUUAUUCUACAGGAUCAGAGAAGACCCCGAGUGUAGACUCACAGCGCGGGAAGUUUAUCGACUUUGUGGCGGCGAAGCAGCGCGAAGUCAGCAAGAAAGUCUCCUCAAAACAGAAGAAGCGCAGCACGGAGCUCCUUCGCCUCAUUGAUCUGGACUUCUCAACGACAGCCUCCCUGUUGGAUCUGCCUCCUGUGAACGAGUACGACAUGUACAUCAGAACGUUCGGGACUGAAAACACAAAGCAGGCGUACGUUCAGUGCAACGAGGACAACGUGGACAGAGACAUCCAGACAGAGGAGACGGAAGUGUGUGAGAAAUGGACACAACAUCCUCCAGAGCACCAUGGAGCCUGUGGGG